CCACAUGGUAAGUGCCCAACUAAUCUCGCCCCUCUCAGGACCUACCGGGGGCGGGUGCUACACUUAAUCACCGGGAAACGCAGCUUUCCGGGGCGGCUGACGGCCUGGCCCCUCCGACCGGGCUGUUCUCUCCUGGGACCUGGCUCUCGGUCCUCUGUAGCGGCGAGGACUUCGGCAGCUACCCCGAACGCCCGAUGCGCUGGCACCCUGGGCCAGCGCCCUCCUACUAGCACCGCCCUCCUGGUCUGCGGUAGCCAAUCAACACGAGGCUUGUAGGCUGACCUUCCUCGAUUGGCUACGCCUCUAGCUCCGCCCGCCGCACUUCGCGACGGCGUCCGGCGGGGAGGCGGCGGCUUCCGGCCCGGGACGGAGCUGUAGCGGCACUGUAGCUGCGAGGGCAGCGCCGCGUGUGUAACGGCGGGGGCGUGUCGGCGGGAAAGACAGCCGGGCCGGGACUCACGGUGUCCGGGUGACCGCGGUUUCCCGGGAGCAGGCCUCUGUGGGCACUGUGAGGCGGAACGGAGCGGCGGGGCAGGAGCUGUUCUGGGCAGCCUUCAUCCCGCGUGGAGUCUACCCCCAGGCCCCUCUCCUCUUCCCAAUUCUUCUCACCUUCGAGGAGGCCAUGGAAACCCCAACGCCUUUGCCGCCCGUACCCGCCUCCCCGACCUGCAACCCAGCCCCACGGACAAUCCAGAUCGAGUUCCCGCAGCAUAGCUCAUCGCUACUGGAAUCUCUGAACCGCCACAGGCUAGAGGGAAAGUUCUGUGAUGUGUCCCUCCUGGUGCAGGGCCGGGAACUUAGGGCUCAUAAAGCAGUGUUGGCUGCUGCCUCUCCUUACUUCCAUGACAAGCUGCUUCUGGGGGAUGCACCUCGUCUCACUCUGCCGAGUGUCAUUGAAGCCGAUGCCUUCGAAGGGCUGCUCCAGCUCAUUUAUUCAGGGCGUCUCCGCCUGCCGCUGGAUGCUCUUCCUGCUCAUCUCCUUGUGGCCAGUGGCCUUCAAAUGUGGCAAGUAGUAGAUCAGUGCUCAGAGAUUCUUAGAGAAUUAGAAACUUCAGGUGGUGGAAUUUCAGCCCGUGGAGCAAACUCCUACCAUGCCCUUCUUUCCACUACAUCCUCUACAGGAGGCUGGUGCAUUCGCUCUUCGCCUUUCCAGACCCCAGUACAGUCCUCUGCUUCCACUGAAAGCCCUGCUUCCACUGAGAGCCCUGUGGGAGGGGAGGGAAGUGAACUGGGAGAAGUGCUGCAAAUUCAGGUAGAAGAAGAAGAGGAGGAGGAGGAAGAAGAUGAUGAUGAGGACCAGGGAUCAGCCACACUCUCUCAGACUCCUCAGCCCCAGAGAGUAUCAGGGGGUUUUCCCCGUCCUCAUGGACCCCACCCACUGCCCGUGACUGCUACUCCCCGAAAGCUUCCAGAGGGUGAGAGUGCACCAGUUGAGCUCCCUGCCCCUCCUACUGCACUGCCCCCCAAAAUCUUCUACAUUAAGCAGGAACCCUUCGAGCCUAAGGAGGAGAUAUCGGGAAGUGGAACUCAGCCUGGAGGAGCAAAGGAGGAAACCAAAGUGUUUUCUGGAGGGGACACUGAAGGGAAUGGGGAGCUAGGGUUCUUGUUGCCUUCAGGGGCAGGGCCAACAUCUGGGGGAGGGGGUCCAUCCUGGAAACCAGUGGAUCUUCAUGGGAAUGAAAUCCUGUCAGGGGGAGGAGGACCUGGGGGAGCAGGCCAGGCCGUGCAUGGGCCUGUGAAGCUAGGGGGGACACCCCCUGCAGACGGAAAACGCUUUGGUUGCCUGUGUGGGAAGCGGUUUGCAGUGAAGCCAAAGCGUGACCGGCACAUCAUGCUGACCUUCAGCCUUCGGCCCUUUGGCUGUGGCAUUUGCAACAAGCGCUUCAAGCUGAAGCACCAUCUGACAGAGCACAUGAAGACCCAUGCUGGAGCCCUGCAUGCCUGUCCCCACUGUGGCCGUCGGUUCCGAGUCCAUGCCUGUUUUCUCCGCCACCGGGACCUGUGCAAGGGCCAGGGCUGGGCCACUGCCCACUGGACUUACAAGUGACUGCUGAGGCUAUAUACUAGCUUCUAGAACGAAAUAACCACUGCUGCUGAUGGAUACUUUUCCCUCACUACCAUGGCACACCAGUCAUGGAUCUUGUAAUCAUGUCAAGAGAAUAGAUACAUUGAUACAUUAUGGACCUCUUGUUCUUAGAUAUGGGCCUCAGCCUGGCAGAUGUGGAAACUCAAAUUUCUCAUCCCACUCCAGGUUUUGGCUAGCCAACCCUGCAGGAAAGCGGUUUAUAGGCCAUUCAUACUUAAGUUGAUCACUUGCCCAUGGUGGACAUUUGUAGUGGUGAUGUCCAUUAAGGAAACCAGAUUUUCAAUUAUUCAGUGAGAGAAGAAUUAGAGCAAAAGACAGUGGUAAAUGUUUUAUUCCGUCUCCAUGAGGAAUUAAAGGAGUUGGUCUCCACCUAGAGAUACAUUUGAUUUAGAGCUCGAGUAAUUCAGAGGCUAAGCUCUAAACUUUUUUCUCUCUCAUUGCUGGAAUGAUUUAAGCAGAAUUCCUUUUGUGUACUUUUAAAAUUGUAUCUUUCCAGGAGCCCCUCAGAUUGUACCUUGCUUUCUCACCAGUAGACACCUUUCUGACACUUUUUUAAUGUUGUAGUUGCACUUUAACAAGUUGAGCAUUCCAUGUUUCAUUCUUAGAACCUUCUUUAAUAGAGGGUAUUCCCUCAACAGCCUGUGCCUCUGGUCUACCUUUGACCACCACUGAUAACUCAUAUAUUGGUCACAAUGACUGGAAUGUGACUAGUGAUCUCAGGAGAUGGCACUGUCCUAAAGUGCUCUCAGGGUGGCACCACUGCUCUCUGAACAAGUUGCCUUGGUCAGAGAGACUCAGGUUUGGGACAGCACAAGCUGAAGGCUGGCGAGUAACUUGCAUAAUAGGACCAUAUCUCUUCCUUUCCCAUCCCACCCACAUAUGAUAGACAGCCCCUCUGUGGAGAUAUGGAGAGGAUAGAUAUUGGAAUCGCGUGUGGGACUUGCAGUUACUUAAAAUUUUUGAAUAAACUGUGCCCUGAAACCUAAA